AUGAAAUCAGGAUCCAGGAUUCUUUCGUAUAUAGUAGGGAAUAAAAUCGGCCAUGGUGCUUUUGGUGAGAUUUAUUCAGCUAUAGACGAAAGAACUGGAAUUUUGUGGGCAUUAAAAACAGAACAAAACUCUGCAUCAAAGAAAACGCUUGCAUUUGAAUUUCAAAUUAUUGCUCAGGUCCAAUCUUCACCACACUUUCCGCGGUUAGGUGUUUUUGGGCAAGGAAGGGAUUUUUCCUUCUUUUCUAUGGAGCUUCUUGGCCCAUCUCUAUCAAAUAUCGUUAAAAGAAUACCAAACCAUAAGCUUUCACUUUCUACUUCGGUUCGUUCUGCCUAUCAUAUCUUGAAAUGCAUCGAAUCUUUGCAUAUCUUCGGUAUUGUUCAUCGUGAUAUUAAACCAGGAAAUAUACUUACAAGGGAAGGCACAGAUCACCCACUUUGUCUUAUUGAUUUUGGACUUUCUCGUGUUUAUGUUAAUCCCCAGACUGGCCAACACUUAUUACCACGCGCAAGAGUAGGGUUUCGUGGUACUAAAGCAUAUGCAUCCCGUCAUGCUCAUUUCGGAGAAGAUUUAUCCAGAAGAGACGAUUUAAUUUCAUGGUUUUAUUUAUCCCUUGAAUUAAUUGUUGGAUAUCUUCCAUGGAGAGGUAUUAACGAUAAGGCUACGAUUUUAGCCCUUAAAGACAAUUUCGAUGUUGGUCAAACAAUUUCUCCAUUUGCGCCCGAAUUAUUCGAAAUUUGGCGUCAUAUAUCAUCUCUCGGGUUUACAGAUACUCCAAACUACGCUCUUAUGUACAACAGUUUAAAGAGAAUCCUUACAAGAAUUGGAGCCAAAUUAGAUGAUCCUUUUGAAUGGGCUGACAUGCUUCAUGAGGCCAGAAAAACCGUUACUCAGCCACUUGAAAACCUUAUUGGUGGUCCAGAUGCAACAAGAAUCGAUCGGGUUGAACUUGUUGACGAUAACCUUGAAGCAAGGUUAUUAGGACCUAAUGUUACUGUCCAGCCUCCAUUUAGCCACAUGUCAGAUUCAUCAUCUUGCUGCUGCUAA